UCUUUAAAUCUAUUCGGCGAUGAACUUAACACUACAACUACCUAGCAUUUUUUCCUAACGUUUUUCGUUCGUGGUUAAUUUUUAACACUAGAUUCGGUAGUGGUAAUCUUGACAGUAGUGGCAUUUUGACUGGAACGCUUCAUUUACUGAACACUUUUUUGGUGGUUAAACAAUCCUAAGAUAGUUAUAUAGAACGAUCUCAAAUAAACAAUAAAAUAUACUUCAACAUAAAAAAAGAAAAACUCUUAAAAUGCUUGGUACUUCUAAAGUUAAACAUUUUCGAUGCGUUGAAGUAUAUUUCAUUGUAUGUUUCAGAACGUACUAUAGAAUAUUUAUGUAAAACUCAUGCUUCAACUACCUUAGUCGUUUAACUCCAAAAAAUAAUUUAAUGUAAAUGAAUCGUUCCAGUCAAAAAGAUUGGUCCUGUAGUUCUAGUGUUAAUUGAUAAAUAAUAUAUUCCAUACACGUUUUAUUCGGUCCCCAUUUGUAGUAAAAUGUAAAAUGGGGAAAAUGUAAAAUCGUAAACUAAUAAGCUUUAUGAAUUGCGUAACAAGCAUGUAACUUAAAUGCAUAUAACUUCCAUAAAGCAAUGGCUUAGAUUAAACCAACUAUACCCCUUCCGGGGGGCGACUCGGUGGUGAUCCACUGACUCGUAAAAAUAAGUCUAGUAAGCCAGAAAUGGCCUAACAGGUUUUAAAGCCAAUAAGAAAGAGAUACUAAUUCGUUAAAGUGUUUUUGAUGGAUUAGCACAGCUGUCAUUGUUUAAUUGAAUAUCACAAAAAGAAGUGACCUAUCUGAUUUUUAGAAAAUGCCCAAGCCGCUGUGAAACUUAUCGUUUGUGGUUGUUAAUAAUUUUUAUUUUGUUAUGUUUUUUUAAUUAAAUAAGCAUAAAAUAGCUAAUUUGAAUAAUGCGUAUCAGCUACUCAAACUUAGUUUAAGGGAAGAUACACAGUUACCAUGCUCGAAAAUUCUAUUGAAAAGGUUUUACAUUCGCUCAAAGUUCAUGGUUUCAGAAUUGUUUGGUUAAAUAAAAAGUUACAACCCGAUAAAAACAUGUUAAAAUGUUUUUUUUUAUCAAAAACAAUGUUCUGAAAAUCGGUAGGCAAUAUUUUUUGGAGACCUGUGACUCGCUUAUUUUAAAAUUUUCUUCACGCAGCGGAAAAAAUAUUUUUGUUUUAUGGGUGAUAUUUUAUCAACCAGAAACUUGUUCAGAAAAGUUGUUUAUUCUUCUUUACUUCUUGGCUUACAUUUGAACUAUUUUUCGUUUUUUAUAUUUAAAUUCUUUAAUUUUAAAUUUUAAUUUUGAAAUAAACAACGAAUCGGUCAAGACUUCAUUCUUCCAUCUUCUGCAGCAUGCGAUCUUCGGCAGGUUAAGUUUCACCUGAUCCAGUUAAAGAGUGACUGUGCACCACUACGUCUCGAGACAAAUGGCUCAUAGAGCACCUUUUUGGUAGAGCAUGAAUCAGGCAUCCUCAUCACGUGCUCCAGUCAUUUUAUCUUUCCAGACUUCUACUUCUCCAAUCAAACAGACAGACUAUUCCAAGCUGCUCAAGUAGAUCUUAGCUCAUUUUUCCUCUCCACACGAUUGUUUACAAACAUCGCUAGAGAUAGUCCAUACCAGUACCAGCCGCUCUAUAGAGGCGAGAGCGCAGGUGUCCUCCGCCAGUCAAGGCUCGAGACGUGCGAUGUAGUAGUUGUUUUGUACAAGUCUUUGUAUAUGUUUAUUGCUCGAAAAUAUACAGUUUUACGCAACCUAGCUUAACUGGCAAUAAGAGAACAAGGAGUGGCGGGUGAUCGGAGAUGAUCUCCGCUCAAGAUGAUGGAAGUGUAAGAAUUUUAUUAGCAUGCAUAAGCUCAACAUACCGAAAAUUCCGCUGGGUCUAGAUGCCAUAUCAUCAAUUUAUUUGACGAAUAAGAGUCUCGAGUACAACGGAAACCCCAGUCCUUUAAACACGAUAUCCUGGUCAACGGAAAAUAUUUCGCAACUGUCGUCGGCCUCCGUCAAGCCUAGUUACUUUGCCUUCGUCGCAUUGGUCGCAGAUGAGUGGGAGCUGGGUGUUAUACACCCAGUAUACAAAAGGGUGACAGACUACACUGUACCAUCUUCCGAGCCAUAAUAUUCACAUCCUAAAUGCCGCCAACAACAUCCAGUUCCAAAUACUUUCCUACAGACUAGCGCCAUCGACUUUACGACGGCCUACGACAUCAUCCGAGCUAUGGAACAGUAUGCGGCAGUUCGGAUAGCCUAAGAAGCUAGUAUGGCUGUUUGGCCUACGACCCUAUUCUUUCUUUGAUCGGCUAUUAUUUAAUCCUUUUCGUGCGAAUGUCUUGCUCCGCUUAAUAGAUCAUACCUAGGUCCCAGACACUUCUCUAUUUUAUAAAUAUUUCGGUUCCUUCCGAGUUCCGGGUUCUCGAUCGCUAGUCUUAUUUCGUCAAAUGGCUUACAAGGUCAUCUUCCCCGUGCUCCUGUCUCGUCGGAAAGCCAGCGUGUCUUAAUUGAUGAAAGUUCUUUUGGAUGCCAGUACAGUAAAGGACUUCAGGAAAAAAGGAAUUCGGGUAUGGGUGGCCUGUACUAUCUUUUGAGUAGCGUCGAAUUGAUUCUAUUGUUCUGCUAUUGCGCCGGAAAAAAUUAUCUAUCUUUAACUAUUAAGCUAUUCUUUUUACUAAGCUGUCUUCGUAGAUAAUUGGAUGGUGUUCGUAUGAAAGUAUGUAUAGUGAAUGUUUCUUUUAGCAGAAAUUUAUUUAUCAAUGGGGAUGGAUAUCAACAAACGAUUAAUGUAUUUUAAUAGUCCGAAAGCCUCUUCCUUACCGUGCGUUUGCUUGACAAGUUUUCGUUGAAGGUUACCCAAUUUCACACUUUUAUUGAUCCGCACUCGAACAAACACGUGAGUGAUGUUUUUUAAAUCAUGACCUUGCCUCGCCUCACAAAACUCCAUCAAAUCUCGAGCAUUCUUCCAGAGAUCACUCUAUUAGACGGGAAUGUUGACUCUUUUGAUGACCAAAUGAUAAUCGUACCAAGUUGCUAAUUGAUCAUCGCUGAUGAUUAGCAACUUUGUGAUACGAUUAUUUGAAGUGCGAAACGAAAUUCAGCUACGGCACACUGAAGCAGAUGUGAACCAACGAUAUCUUUGUUCAUAAAUGUUCAAUUUAGUCUUUAGUGUACCGUCAGUCCGAUCAGAUCGUUUCAUAAGAUCAAUCGGAUAACGGCGUCCCGGUAACGCGGUAAACCUAGACUUAAGAAGGUUUUCUUUAUUCAGGUUUGUGGGAAAUUCUCAUCAGUAGUGUGUUACCAUUUGUCAACCAACAUGCCCCGUCCUCGCAACUCCAAUGGAGUUGCCAAUCCUGCCUACAGCCGUGAUGGCAAUGAAACACCAGAAAGGACUGGUGGCCGACGGUCGAGGCCCAAGAUAUCGCAGGUUAUCGUCACCCGGCCACAUUAUCAGCAGGAGGAUCUCAACGAUGCCUUCAAUUACUUCAAACCGAAGUCCAACUUUUACCAGGAAGCAAUGGAAAGCAUGCGCGAAAUGGACACCAAAACGUGUCUUACUGGGCUAUUUCCGAUCUUUCAAUGGCUUCCGGAGUAUUCAUUUCCCAGCGAUUUCAUUGGAGAUCUCAUCAGUGGCUUAACUGUUGGUGUCAUGCAUAUACCGCAGGGGAUGGGAUAUGCGCUUAUAGCUAACAUGCCUCCAAUCACCGGAAUCUAUACAGCAUUCUUUCCAGUAUUUAUUUACUUCCUUUUGGGCACGUCAAGACAUAAUUCCAUGGGUACAUUGGCCGUUGUUUCUAUCAUGACCGGUAAAGUUGUUUACAAUCAUUCUGGCGAGGGUUCCAACUACACAAACUUGGAGGUCGGAACUGCGUUGUGUUUUUUAGUCGGUAUCAUACAGCUUGUAAUGUGUCUUCUGAGGAUGGGUGCAGCAUCAUUUUUACUGUCCGAAGCAUUGGUUUCCGGAUUCACCACUGGGGCAGCCGUGUAUGUGUUUACAUCGCAAAUGAAGGACAUUUUAGGUGUUACGCUUCCACCGCUGGGCAGUAGAUUUGAAAUUGUUUAUACUUACUACGAGCUUGGGAAAAGAAUACCUGAUACGAAUCUCGUUAAUUUGGCUAUAGCGAUCGUUGCAGUCAUUAUUCUAUUGAUCAAUAAUGAAAUAAUUAAGCCACGCCUAGCCAAACUGUGCAUCAUUCCGAUUCCGAUCCAGCUCAUACUCGUUGUCAGUGGUACUCUGCUAUCGAUCCAGUAUAAUCUAAAAGAAAAUUAUGGAUUAAAAGUAGUUGGAACAAUUCCCCAAGGGCUGCCGGCACCUAAACUUCCUAAUUUCGAUAUACUACCGGAAAUUUUCAUGGAAAGUAUCACUGUGGCGAUCGUCGGGUACACCGUAUCCGUAUCGUUGGGAAUAAUUUUUGCUAAGAAAGAGAACUACGAAAUCGGCUUCAACCAGGAAUUGUUGGCACUGGGUGCCGGCAAUGUAUUUGGUUCGUUCUUCUCGUGCUACCCGUAUGCAGCGUCACUGUCCCGAGCCGCGAUCCAGUAUUUGGCGGGUGGAAAAACACAAAUUACUGGUCUCGUUUCAUGCAGUUUACUUGCAGUGGUGUUACUGUUUGUUGCAUCCUUUUUCCAACCAUUACCUCGGUGCGUUCUAGCCAGUAUUAUUGCCGUUUCGGUGCAAGGCUUGUUGAUGCAAGCUAAAGAUCUUCCAAAGUUCUGGCGCCAGGGUUUCUUCGAUGGAGUAACCUGGGUGCUUACAUUUGUAUCGGUAGUGUUUAUAUCGAUUGACGUUGGUUUGCUGGUCGGAUUUGCACUCAGCGUUUCAAGCAUCUUUUUCCGCGCACUCAAACCGUACAUGUGCAAGAUGGGCAAUGUACCCAACUCGGAUGUAUACUUGGACAUAACUCGCUACGAAGGGUUGAUCGAGCAUCGUGGUAUCAAGAUUAUACAUUACAGUGGAGGACUCCAUUUCGCUUCACGUGCCGUGUUCAAAAACAACAUAUGCCAGUUUCUGGACAUAAAUCUAACCGAAGAAACGAAGCGACACAAAGCGCCAGAUUUCGUAGAAGCGGACGAUGCAACCAAAUACCUCAUCCUGGAUUUUACUGCCCUCAGCUAUAUCGACCCGUCUGCCAUCUCCACAUUUAAAACAUUCAUUAAGGAUCUGGAGGUAAUCGAUGUACAAACUCUCCUCGCAGGUUGCUCACCGUUGGUGUUUGAAAAGAUGAAGAAAUGCAAUUUUAUCGGUGGUGAGGAAAAUUAUGUUCGCACUUAUCCUACUAUCCACGAUGCCGUCCACUACGCUCAGAAGCAGUUGAGAUUGCGCGCUGGUGUUGUGCCGCAUACGAUUCAAGAAGCACGAUUAUAAGUGUUUCGCCGAAGUUUAUUCGUUUACUCGCAAUUUUCAGCUGAUAGUGUAAGCAGGUUUUUAGAAAUGUAGCAUAAUAUAAUCUCAUAGGAAGAAAAUGCUCUAUCACGGUCAUGUAAUUGCGUGAAUGUAAUAAAACCAAAAAAAAAAAGAAUUUGUACGCACUAGUCAAUAUUAGUUGCGUAUAAAAGGAGAA